AUGAGGCUCUUCCAUGUGUUUUUAAGUGCCCUCUGUUGGGCAGCCCUAGGACAAGCGUCCCAGCGUGCAAUAAUCUUCGAGAUGGUGUACUACUAUUACGCUUACCAAAUUGAGGUCGCCGCGUUUCCGGAAUCCGACAGAUACAUCGCAUACGAGUGCAGCCCUGCAACCGGCACAGUUUGCACCUUUAACGAGUUUCUCAAAACUACCGCCGCUGAAGGGAAAUCGCUGUCCGUGAUACCGGCCGGAGACACAACCUCACCGCCUAUCGAGGAUGCAGAUAAAACAUUUUCCGCCAUGAAAUGGGGUCACAAAUAUAGAAUCAACCAAGUGUGGAAAGACGGAGAUGAUUUGAAUCACGUGGCUUUGUCGGCGAGGGUGACGAACCGUAUUCAAGAGGCUCGCGAGGUUCGAACUAUUGAUAAGAACCUACUGUCCAGCGCGAAGGAAGCUCUCGAGGCAGUUCAGGCAAAACGGUGGGAAGAUAACUUCGUCCACUUGGAGCAAGAGUUCCAAAAAAGAUACGAGGGUGUGAGCCUGUAUGAUACGGAGACUACGGUGGAUGGAAGUAAAAUCAAAGUCAUUGACUGGGUCAAGACAGCGGCUGUCCAGGCAUCGAAGAGUUCUUCCAAGUCCAAAGUUCUGCUCAAGCGGUAUCAGGACUGGAUUAAAGGCUCGAACGGCAAACAAUACCGCGAUCAUCUAGCGAUAGCACAGAACAUUGCCAGCUUACGCAAUGUUUUAGACGCAGAGCCAAGCUGUCGCGCAUAA